GCAACUUUUGGCGGGGUUUCGAUAGCUUUUUUGGUUUCGCGAUUCGAAGAUUGUCCAUACCAUACUCCCAACGACACACUACGCUGCAACGACUCUCAGCACGCGACUUCGUACAGGGAGGGACUAAUAUCGGUAUCAAAAGCAGACCCGGCAUACCACACGCAAAGGACACUGCAAACAUGGAUGAGCUAGGUCAACUCUCCGGCCCCAUCCCGGCCAACUUUGACGCCGAGAAUGCGCCAAACAACGAAGACAUUGAGAAGCAGUUCUCGGUGAAGGCUGUUCAACACCUAGAGACAUACUGGGCCAUUCUCGAGAAGGUGCCCGGCUCGAAGCUGCGCCUGACCAAGAUCGACGACGAGAUCAUGGAGCACCUCAAGAGGGACUUCCCCGAGUUCGACCCGGCCGAGACGAUCAACGAGGACGAGCUCAAGAGCAAGGCCGGCAAGGAGAGGUGGCGCAAGUUCAUGAUGGCCUACGAGAAGCGCGUGGACGACUACAACUUUGGCACGAUUGUGCGGACGUCGCCCAAGGUCGAGUACGAGGAGCACACAACCAUCUUCGUUCCGAGGAUGCAGUUCUACGCCAUCGAGAUUGCGCGGAACAGGGCUGGCCUGAACGACUGGAUCCACGAGAAGGCAUCGGGAGCUAAGAAGUAAAAUCUAGAGCAGUUCGCCCGGGCGGGCGAGGCAAGAAUUUGAGAAAGCCGGAUAUGCCGGCUCCUCUGGUUUGACCUUCACAAAGAGAAUGAAGAAAAUAAUCAUUGACAUUGGGAGACGUUAU